CUCAUUGCCCCCAUUGUUGGCCGCAUCUGUCACUUUGUGGGCAGGAUGACAUGAAUGGAUGGGCCGGACACACCUUCCGUGGUGGUGUGAAAACCCUGUCCUGAUCUGCAGACUGCUCCCGGACUUUGCCAGAGGCGCCGCUGAGGGCCAGGGACGCACCUCGCCUUCCCGGAUCCCUUCCCAGUCCCCGUCCCCGCGCACUCGCUCCCUGGGGCUCCUGGGCAGCCGGCGCGCACCAUGCUGCCCAGCUCCGUGGCAGCCCAGGCCGGAGCCUACUGGGAUGUGGUGGCGUCCUCCGCACUCCUCGGCCUCCCAGCGCCGGGCUUCGGCAGCCUGGGCAAGAGUUUCCUGAUUGAGAACUUGCUGCGCGCAGGGGCCGGGCCCACGCACACACCCCCGCCCCCGCGCCCCGCGCCCGGUCCCGAGUGUCCGCAGCUGCGACCGCUGCCUGCCAGCCCAGUGCCGCUCAAGCUGUGCCCAGCCGGGCCCUACGGUGCACGCUGGGCCUUCCAGAUGCCCAGCCGAGUUCCAGGGGACCGAGACAGUGCCUUCCAACCCUCAACCCCAGUGCCUUCCAAACCCUUCCUCCUGAGCGCUCUGCCGGUCUACUCUGCGUGCUGCGGGCGCCCUGCCUCCCCCACAGCUUUUCCAAGAGAAGAACACGGGCUGCCUCUGCUGACUCAGGACUCAAAUUCCAAAGCUCGAAGAGGGAUUUUAAGAAGAGCUGUGUUCUCAGAGGACCAGAGAAAGGCUCUGGAGAAAAUGUUUCAGAAGCAGAAGUACAUCAGCAAAACAGACCGAAGGAAACUUGCUGUCAGCUUGGGACUGAAGGAGUCACAGGUGAAGAUCUGGUUUCAGAACAGAAGGAUGAAGUGGCGGAAUUCCAAAGAAAAAGAAGUACUCUCCCAUGGGUGCCUCCAAGAAGUGAGCCUUCAAGAAGACAGGCUCGCACAGCCGGCUGUGGGUUUCCCUCCUCCAUGCCCUGCCCUGUGGGAAGUCUCCCAGUCACACUCAAGCCCCAGCUGGAGGGAGAAUUCUCCAGAACCUGCAGAAAGACUGACCCAGGAGAAUGCUGGGGUACCAGAAGCAAAUUCACUCCGAGGUGCCUUGUACUUGGGUCCUGAGAAGGACUCUGGGGACAAGGAUGGACUCACUGGUGCCAUCUGAAGGGAGCAUGCGCCAUGCUCAUCUAAGAGAACCCUUAGCCUGUAACAUUGGGAUUAAAGCCAGUUAGUUUUCCUGUGUCUCAACCCUGCCUUACACUAACACCUUGGCACGAUACCUGAGCUGAUGCCUUAGGAGAGCCAGCCUGCUGUUUCUUACUUAGCCCUAGACGGAGGCUAGGUGUCUAAAUGGAGUAGAACCUCUCAGGAGGUAGGAUAGGACUGAAAGAUAAGAGCCAGUGUCGGCCCACGGCCUCUUCUGAAUACGUGUGUGUAUAUAUGCGGGUGCCUGUGUAUAUGUAUGUAAAUGCUCAUUAAAUGCAUUAGCAGAAACCAGUUCUCUCCAAGUUUUACAUGGCGCAAAUUUCUUUUUUUAUAUGAAGGAAUAAAAUGAGCAAAUAUUCAUUUUUCAAAUAAUGUAAAACUUUGGCUUCAAUGCCAUACAAUGAAUUAUGUUUGCAAAAAUUCUCCUCUUUUUCUGGCUUCUUUGGUAUCCAGGUGUAAGUGAAUUUUAGCAAGCUCCGCAGUCGUAAUCAAAUGAGCCACAGUUAGAGACACAUACUGACAAUAGAGAGGAUAAACUCACCGGGAAUCUACAGUUUUUGAAUGUAGUUACCAGUAUUGCUCAUUUCCAGGUCGGAGAUAGAUGAGGCUAUCAGUGAGGAAGGUCCACAUUUAUCUGUGAAAUGGCUUUUUGAUCUCUUCUCUGUAGGGGUUGUCCUAGACCAGGGUUUUCUGACUAAAAUAAACACCCGAGUGGAAGGUUUGUCAGACAGGGGAUCAGGCAGCAUUCGGUAACUUUUUGAUUAUCUCUGCCAGCUAGUUUGUAAUCAGUGCCCCCAAAGCUAAGCCUGUGUCACCGUUCUUAAACUGUCCCUAACAGGAUGAAAAAUCACAGUACUGAUGGGCUUUGUGGUCAGUGCUGAUCCCACACCGCAGACAGUCGGAGCCUAGUUGGCUCAUACUACAUAUGUUAACAGACACCACCCAGAUGUUUUAUGAUUACUCUGAAAUAGUCUUUGUAUAAAAUCAUAUUUCUCGUAAUGAUUUUCUUAGUUAUCCAAAUAUAUUAAUUCUAAGUUCACGAAAAAAAAAUUUUACUUUGCAGGAGAUGAAGCAAAACAAAACAAAACAAAACAAAAACCAGUGUGGUUUUGAAUGAAUCUUUGGACAAACAAUGCAACUAGGAGUCUUUUAUGGGACAUUUUGUUCGUAAGCAAGUGAGGAAGUGACGGGGCUUACCUUCUCAGCUCUGGGCUCCAAGGGUUUAGUAUGCCAAAGGGAGAGUAUUUGAGAAAGUAACAGUUGUGAUCACCACCAGGGAAUUCUGUUUUAAAGAAAGGAGCUUGCUUUGGUGCAUUAGCUGGUGCCUUUGCCACCUUUCUGUUCCCAAAUGUUCAUGUUAGAAGGUUGUCUUUGAGCUUCCUUGUGGGAAAUUGGAGCCAGGGAUCUGAUGACUCCGUUUGACAACCUGUUUGCAAAGUGAAAACACAGGGUACUUUCUUGAGUCCUGACCUUAUUGCAUCUGUAGGCUGUUCUGUCCUGCCCGACACUGUGCUGAGCAUCUAGGGUCUGUCAGCUCAUUUAGUCCUAGUGGUCAUAGCCCUGUGAUGUCAACAGUCUUACUGAUUAGGGUUCCUGUUUCUCCACCCAGGCAGCUGAGGCACUCACUGCGUGCAGAGGUGAUCACCCAGUCACGGCAUUAGUAAAGUAAGGGGUCUAUGCCUGGGCAAUCAAGUUCAUGCCAUAAGGUCUUACCAACCCUGUGGGGCAUGCAGCACCGUGCAUGUAUUCCCAUGGCUACAGGAUGCCAUAUAUGUGUAUUCACACAGCUACAGGAAGCCCUGUGAGAGAAGCCUGAGGGACACUGUGGUAAGAUUUGCCGAAGGAAGUCAGGAGUACAUUGUAUUUUGCAGCCUCUGACUUGGGGAAACAGUAUUCUCAUCAAUAUUCUCCUUUCUAUUAGAUUUUGAAGUUUAGGUAAAGAAUUGCCAGUCUUCAAUUCUGAGGCCCCUGUGGAUUCUAGUUUAGAGAAGUCACCUCAGUGCAUGAUGGGCAUGUCCUUGUUUUUACCAUUCACUGAUGAAAUAUGGCCAUUGUGUCUUGAGAAUAACCUGAAACUUGAAUGAGAGAGACUCGUCAAGGGCUUUUGAUUGUCUAGGUUGUAGAAAUGGGUGAAUUAUGGCUUGAACGACUUUCCCCCAAGGAGCUCUGAGACUCAGUAGAACUUCUCCAUAGAAGAAUGGCUGGGUGCUCAAAUAUGCAGGCCAGAAUUUCAAUUGUCUUCCACCAUGGAAUGUGUCUAGGCUUAGGAAAGACACACUUUAGAAGACAGUUUCCUGGGGCAUAGUGAUAGUACACACACAUGUACCCUCACAUAAGCAUAGCCAUAAACACACUGUGUGCCCUCACACACAAGCAUAGGCAUAGUACACACAUGUACCCUCACAUGCAAGCAUAGCUGUGCUACACAUAUGUAAUGCCUGCUGGGACCAUGGGGCUGGGUGGGACUGAAGGAGAAAUCUUCCAGUUAUAUGUGCCUUUACACAGAGUAUCUUCCAGAGUGCACAUGUGUGCCCUCACAUACUACACAUACAUGUGCUCUCACACGCACACCAUAGCCAUGGUAUACACACAUUUCCUUACACAUAGUAUAGCCAUGGUACACAUGCCUUUCUGCCUUUUCUUUGCAUUAUCUUGUCUGGAUUGGAGUGAAUGGCUGGGCCCUUGCUAGAGAGGUCUCCCUUCUUAUUCUCUGCUGACCCCACCCUUAUCCUGGCAUUGUGUGAGCAUUUUCUAUUGAAUAGUUGCAGAUUCUUUUCUGGAAGUGAUAACAUAUUAGUAUACUUCUUGUCCACUUUCCAGAGAAAUACUGAUUGUAAUUAAUAAAAGGAACAUAGAAUCCUGGAGAAUGAAAUAUUGAAAAACAAACAAACACCUCAAAAGGCAUUUUUAAUUGGUUUGUAA